GCUACUCAUGCACUGCAGCAGGCUAUAGGACCUGGCGUCGGUAACAAUCCCCUACGUCGACAUCGAACCUAUUUUGAAGAUGGGAAUGACAUGGAUCGGGACCUGCGUCCAUUGCCAUCAUCCUAUCGGAUCGAAUCUGUAGUAAAUUGGACUGGGAUGGCAAAAGAUUCCAGCAUGCCAGAUAUUGCGUCUGCCUGCACCGGGAGGACUGGUCUUGAGUCCAGACACCGUAUGCUAGCAUCUGCAGGUGUUGGAAAGACAGAUAGCGGUAAGGCAAGAGUUGCUGUUAACGAUGGUGGACUAACACGUGAAGAGGUCACUCAACUGGGCCAGGCGCGAAGACAAGAACUCUUGCAUGAAAUGGAGAGGAGGAAAAGAGGCGAAAUCAUCAUUCGUUUAGCUGACAUAAAGGUAUACUUUUGUACAUACCGUAACAGAGAGACCUAA